AUGCAUUCUCUGCGGUUGGUGCUGCCGCGUGCUGUCGGCAUCGUUCGUGUGAUGCCAAGCUACACUGCGGUUCGAGCACCAAUGCACCCAAUUUCGUCGGAACGUUUCUGUGAACUUCACAAACGGCUCGGUACAGCACUAUCCGCCCGGACGCUGUGUACGAAAACAACACGUGCUGCUGGUGUUCCAGAAUCAAACAAACCUACCGCAGAUGAGAAUCCGGCCGACAGAAUAUACUACGGAAGUCUGACGCCACAAAUACGUGCGGUGAAGGUAUUCUCGCUAGCCACCAGCAUAGGUGGCAUCGUUGCGCAACCGAUUCUGCUCGAGCAAGCUAGCAAAGUAGGCGGCAUGCCAAUGAUAGUGGCAGUUUGUGGCUUUGCCGGUUUUUUCACCUUUGUUACACCGAUACUGUUGCAUUUGGUAACGAAACGAUACAUCACAGAGCUGCAUUAUGACCCACAGAAUCAACUAUACACCGCUACCACGAUCACGUUUUUCCUGCAGCGGGAAAAGACACAAUUCAAAGUGGAAGAUGUGACCGUGCCGGAAGUGGGCGGAUUGUUUACGACAUUUUUAGUGAAAAACAAAGCGCUCUUUGUGGACCCACAGCUAUUCGCCGAUCCUACACAUUACAUCAAAAUAAUGGGAUACGACAAACCGAUCGAUUUCAAGUUUGAAGAAGCCCGAGGAUCAAGUAUUGGUGAGGACAAGGCAAAGAAAGAUCGAUAAGGUCGAAUAAAGCGAAGCGAUUGUUUAACGGUUAAA